AUGGCAAACCAGCCUCCCCCUUCUCGCCCAUGGCUCAUCCUGGGUUCCAUGAGGCCAGUCGCCACACCUCCAGCACCUGCGGAAGCAUCACAAGCUCAGCCUCAGGCUCAACCUCAACCUCCUGCCCCUCGUCCUAUUUUUCGACCCACAUUUGGUCAGGCAUUUAGGCCUACAACCCAGCCUCAGCAGCCUCCGCCACAACCACCCACUGCUGCUACUGCUGCUCCACCUUUCCGGGUUGGGAAUGUUUCAUCGGUUCCAUCUAAUCCGAGUCAGAAAACCACACCUCCUUCUGAGAAAAUCAAACCAACUUCUCCUCCCCCAUUAGCUCUAACUCUGCCUCCUGCUUACGUAAAAUCCACUCCUGAGCCAAUUGAGCAGAAGACCAUGACCAUCGAAAAGCCCAAUCCACCAUUCAAGCCAUCCAAUGGUGGACUGCAAAAGGAUGUGGGCGACACUGUGAAGCCAAGCAGCGUCCUUGACUACGAGAAGAUUGAGAAGACCAAGGACAUGGAGAGCAAAGACCACGAAGGUAAUCACAAGAAAGCGCACUCUAAGGAUAACAGCAUGAAGAUCACAACAAUUGCAGGAGACAACAAGGGAGCUAUAAUGGAGCUCAACCCCGCCAGCAAGAAACACGAUCCCCAAGGCAACUCCAACACAAUGGCGACCCCAUCACCACUCUUGAAUAUAUUUAUGAAUAGCAAUGUUCAAGCCGUUAACAACUCCAUUCUCGUCAACGCCUCUUGCACCAACCACGAGCCUGGUGUCCAUGUUUUUUUCUCUCGUGGUGGUGGCCGUGGACUGCAUCUCAAAGACUAUGGAGAUGGGCAAAAAUAA